AUGUCGGUCAAGGUGCUCGGCGUUAAGCAAGCGGGAGAGAGAAUGCAGGGCUUCGAGCCGCCGGUGAGAGAUAGGGCGAGGGAGAAUGGUGUUUGCGUUGGAGGGGCACCUGAGGCGACCAGGAUCGAACAAUGGUUUUUUAAUCAACGAGGCACCCAAGAACCCGAUAUCAUCCAAGAAUGUGGCGACCCAGUAGUCCGGAACGGUCAGGUGAUGGCGAUUGCGACAGCUGACAGCGCAGCAGGCUGGGCUGACUUGGCGUCCUGGGGGAGGGGAAAGUCGUUCGAAGAUGGUGCAGGAGGCUAG